UCUUAUGCAACUGGUGACUGCAAUUAUUGUAGACGAAGCAUUACACGUGGAUUGCAGUGAAAUCGAGUGGAAUUUGAUUUUGCCUCAGAAUUUCCUAGAUAUAAACGGAGUCAAAAUCAGUGCUUCAGAGGCGUUUUUAUUCAAUUUGAAGAGAUUAAUUUGGAAGAAUGUAUAUCUGUUCGGAUCAUGUCGGCGAAGAUUGUUCCGAGGAUCGGAUUUGGCUUGAGUAAUUCUAUCAUAACUGCACGAGCUGUUGAGCAUUAUUAGAAAGCACUCAAAGUCUAUAGGAAAAACCACAUUAGAUGAGGAGGUGGCACAAGAUGAUUUGGAAAUGGACCCUAGCUUCUGGCAUAACAUCAUUGACUCGUAUUUUGUUCGCAGUAGAGAGUCCAGGGGGCGUGAGGAUGAUGAUCUUCUAUUCUUUGUUAGAAAAAUGAAUUCGGAGUCGCAAAAACACAAUGGUGAUGUAGAAGGCAACUCUCCUUACUUUGUACGCAGGUGGGCACCUGAGUUGGAUGAAUUAGUUGGUGGGAGUUCAAUAUAUAUAGAUUGGAGGCGUUCUUUUUAUCUGAAUUUGAUUGCUCAUACCUCCUUCAAUGUGACUGUAGCAAUUUGCAGUCAUCAGGUCAUUCGGCAAUAUCAACAGGGCGAAACUUUGUCUCCUAUCUAUAAGGUUGUGAAGACUGUAUAUGCAUCUCCGAGUCGUAUUAAUUUUCAUUUGGAUUCAAGAAAGGAAGUAGAAACAACACCUGCAUAUCCAGAUAUAUGUUUUGCAGUAGAUGAUUUUGAUUCCACUUUUGAUUCAGUGGUCUUGACUGAUCCAGAUCACUGUUAUUGUGUGUUGCUAAAUGCUCAUGACGGGGCAGCAUUUCCAAUUGAAAGAAAAACAGAGCAAGCUAAUUCAGAGGUUUCUUCACCUGAGAACGUUACAAGUCAUGGCAAGACAAAGAACUCCAAGAUCACCCUUUUCUCAGGUUUUGUCAGCUACCAAAUGGUUCGAGAGGCAUAUGAUGCUGGCAGGUCCGGGUUUGGGAGCCUUCUGUCUCUUGGUCAUUCCUCUGCCAGAACUGACAGGAUAUUCAUGAAAGGUCCAGGAGGGCGUGGUGAAGUCGAAGUAGCCGUCUCUGGAAUCCUAGAUCAGAGCAAGGUGGAUUUAGGUCCUCAAUCACCGAUUCAGAUAUCUAAAAAGGGUCUUGGUUUAGGAACUAUUGUACGCAAAGCAGCAUCCGUGGCAUCAACAGCAGCAAAGCAGGCUUAUGCUGCAGCCUCGUCCUCUCCCAACUUGGAUGGCGAGAUGUUACCCCUCAAGUGCUGUUUAAUGUCCAUCUCAUUGCCAUGGGAGAAUAUUGUUCAUGAUCUCCUAUUCAAGGGGAGUCCGGCUGUCAACUUGUAGCUGUUGUUGCGAGUUUUCGAGCUUUCACUUCUCGUGGAAAAAAAGGCUGUUGUAGUGGAAGAGAAAAUGUUGAGGCUCAGUGUAAAUUACAUGUAUCUUGGUUAUUGCAAUGAGUUGAAUUCUCAGUAGUGUUUUCUAUUUUUGUUUAGUAAAAAUAAUGUCUAGUUUUAUAUGUAGCCAAAUUUAUAUCUGUAUUUCUUCUCAAAAGAUAGUAAAUUUAUAUUUGAAUUUGUUUU